AUGAACAUGGCGGAUUUUCUGUUCGUUCGUUCGUUCUUUCUUUCUUUCUUUCUUUCUUUCUUUAUUUUUAUUGCAGCCAUUCACUAUGUCACUCCUCUUUUGGGAAUCUAUCUAUCUAUCUAUCACACUAUAUAUUGGGCCUUAUCUUUCUGGAAUACGUCCAUUGUCCAGCGCAAAACUUACCGUAAGCAAAACAGUCCGAAAUCGAACUUCGCACCUACGGACUUCCCGUUAAAUACACGAGAAUUCGAAAUCGAUACCGAUCUAAACAGCCGUGAAGAAAAAGAUCUCUUAAUUGACGCGCUUCUCAUGUUUUAUCGAAUUCUCUCGCCCGAAAGUCUCGUUACAAAGAAAGCCUUUUAUUGCGUUGUCUUAUCUCGUUGCCCUGACGUCGACAUUAAAACUAGGUUUACCCUCUUAAAUCACGUGAUGCGUUUAAAUGCUUCGGUUACUCAACAAGACGACCGAGAGAUAUUUUAUAGCUGGCAAGUCCUUGUUAGAUUAACUAACAAGUAUUUUUGCAUUAUAGAAAAUACUGGUACGACCAUCGAAGAAAUUUCAGAAUUGACAACAGAAUUCAUGGAAACGAUCCGAGAUUACGUAAAGCCAUUUUUACGAAGCAAUCCCCGCCGUAUCUUGCUCUACGUAGAGAAAUAUAAAUCCCUGCAGACAAUGGGAUUGAGAUAUCUUCAAUAUCUCGUCAAUGAAACCUCGACUCCAGAAUACAGGUCUCUAGCUGUUUCUCUGGCAAAAGCGCUUUGCAAAGAUGAUUUGGAAACUAGCACAACUGUACUUCACUUGGCGGUUUCGAAGAAAAUGUCGUGCGGUGUUGUUGAGCUGUUGAUUGAAUGUGGUUCUGAUGUCAAUGCCGCAGACGAAAAAGGAAACGCGCCUCUUCAUUUACUUAUCGAAAGACCUCGCACUGAUCCUGUACGGGAAGAAAUCGCCAGGGUUCUCGUUCGGGCAGGAUGCGAUCUGAAUGCUAAAAAUAACUCUAACGUUGUUCUUCGGCAACAUUUUGGUACUCUUCAGACAGAAAGUGACGUGGACGUACCUCCGUCUCCCCACAUUCAUCUAUCUAUCUAUUCAUCUAUCUAUCUAUCUAUCUAUCUAAUUAGAUCUCCCCUCACAUUCAUUCAUCUAUCUAUCUAUCUAUCUAUCUAUUCAUCUAUCUAUCUAUCUAAUUUGAGUCUCCCCACAUCUAUCUAUCCAUCUAUCUAUCUAUCUAUCUAUCUAUCUAAUUUGAGUCUCUUCACAUCCAUCCAUCCAUCUAUCCAUCCAUCUAUCUAUCUAUCCAUCCAUCCAUCCAUCCAUCUAAUUAGAUCCCCAUCAUAUCUAUCCAUCUAUCUAUCUAUCUAUCUAUCUAAUUUGAGUCCCCUCACAUCUAUCUAUCUAUCCAUCCAUCCAUCCAUCCAUCCAUCUUCAUUCAUCUAUCUAUCUAAUUUGAGUCCCCCAUAUCCAUCAUCCAUCUAUCCAUCCAUCUAUCCAUCCAUCUAUCUAUCCAUCAUCCAUCUAAUUAGAUCCCCUCAUAUCUAUCUAUCUAUCUAUCUAUCUAUCUAUCUAUUCAUCUAUCUAUCUAUCUAUCUAUCUAAUUUGAUUUUCUCAUAUCUAUCUAUCUAUCUAUCUAUCUAUCUAUCUAUCUAUCUAUCUAUCUAUCUAUCUAUCUAA